CCGCAAUGAUAAGAAAAGUAAACAAAUCUGACAAAUAACCAAAAGGCCGUUUUGAAUUCUCUCAACAUGUACGCGCAAAUAUUUACUGUCUCGAUUUUUUGUUUGUCUUGUUACUGUUAUGAAGAGGAUGCUUUGAAGCAGGCCUUAGGUGGAGGACUUACAGAAGGACUGGAAGACCUCAUGACCUCGUUUGGCGAGGCAAUAGACGGAUUGGCUGAUUUAGCUGAAGGGAAAACGAUCGAAUGCAAAUACAAAUGUAGAAACGGAGUUAAAGCCAAGCCACACCCUAACCAUAAACCGACAUCUAAUGGAUGUGGAUCAUUUGGAAUUGAGUUUGAUACAGGGAACUUGCCACAGAUGACAGAAUGUUGUGACACACAUGACAUAUGUUAUGACACAUGUAAUACUGAUAAAGAGAAAUGUGAUAAGGACUUCAGACAAUGUUUGAUGGAGAUGUGUGAUAAACUUGGGGAUGAUUUAAAUAAAGAAGAGGCUGAAGUGCCAAAAUACAUGUUUGGAAAAGGUUGUGAAGCUACAGCAGAAAUCAUGUACCGAGGAACAUUAGCUUUGGGUUGUACACCAUUUAAGAAAGCUCAGAAGAAUGCCUGUCUCUGCACUGACCAGCUAUCACUUGAUCAGAAAGCUGCAGAAAAUAAAUCUGGUACUAAAAAUCAUAAAGAUGACAAGAAACCCAACGAUAAAACAGCAAAACAUCAAAAGAAGUCAGAUAACAUUCAAAAAUCUAAAGUAUCUCAACAUCAGAAGAAUUCUAAUGAAAAUUCAGAAAAGAUAUCUUCUGCUAAAAAAACUGAUAAUAAACAAGAGAAAGUUAAACCAAAAACAAGCAGAGAGAGUGGAGAUUUAUGAUGAUUUCGUAAACAUCAUUUGUUUAGUUUCUGUUUUAUUCCGUCCUCAGUUUUCACAUAACAUUCUAUUUGGAAUGGCUUGCAAUAUUUAUUGAAUUAUUGUCAGUAUAGGCAGUAGUAAUGUAUAAGAAGGAUAUUUGAAUUCAAUGCUAAUGUUGUUCUUUUUAGUUACACUGACAAUUGCUGUCAACAACUUUUGAAUAUACCUACAACAUAAUUUUUUUGUUAGAUACCUACUGAAGAUUUUCUAUUUUGCAUUUAUUGAUUCUGUGUCCUAGUUUUGAAAUACUAGAUACAAAAUUAUUUUGUCUCUCGGAAUAAGAGACUUUUUUAUGCGAUAUACUAUAUACUGCUGGUGUCAGCAUAAUUCUGUAAAAUGUUAAACUUAGCAUGAUUGUAAUAUAUGUAUGAAUUGAAUAAUUGCUGUUAGUAUACUAGUUUUUUAUAUGCACAAUAUUUUGAUAUGAAUGAAAAUUUUUUCGCUUUCUGUGAUAUCUGGAUCAAAGUUAUUUAGCAUACAUGUCUUUAAGAGUGGUUAUUACAUACAUACUUAAUAGUGUUGCUAGAUAGUUUAUUUUUAUGGUUUUGCACAGACAUAUUUAUGAUUUUUCAGUGAAAUGAUAUGUAAUAUAUUGUUAUUUUUUACAGGUAUAAUCAAUCAUGGAUGGUAGGAAAAUUGAAAUAUUUUUCCAAAAUAAAUAGAAAAAUUAAGCAUAACACUUGUCAAAAAUAAUGAUUUUACAUACAUGCAAUGUUGGAUAAAUUGGUAUUUCUUUCUUGUAUAUGUUUUUGACAAGUUUUUGUUUAUUAGUCUAUUUUGCUAUAUGUAUAACAUCUAUGUUUAAUGGGUUGUUUCAGGUAUAUAUAUUAAAUUUGAUUAUUUUCAUUUUUGGGUGUAUGUUUUGGUAAUCUGUAUAAAUGUUGGUGUUUAUGAUGUAAUAUUUAUUGUUGUAUUUCAUUGUUAUUUUUCUUUCGCUUUAUGACUUACUUCCCUAAUGCUUACAUUUUGAAUUGUGUAAAAAUAUACAUGAAACAUAUUUAAGAGACAUAUGCUUACAUUUCACAUAGUCCUCUGUACUUUUAUCAUUGCAUGGCCUUGGGAGCAGUAUUUUUCUUUAUUAUUAAGAUAUAUUUUACUAUUUAAGGAAAUAUAUGUAUUCUCUAGCAAAAAGGUUAAAAAAACUAAAGUUCCUUGAAAAUUCUUAAUAUGUUUAUGGUAUGAGAAGUUAGUUUUAAAUUUUUUUGUACAAAUUUGAUGGCUGCUCGUGAAAGAUGAUGAUUCUUUGAAGGAACUUUUGCCAUAAAAUUGGCUUAAAACUCAAAUAUUUUUGUCCAUAUAAAUCUGGUGGUCAUUGGUGAUGGGAUCAAAUAUUAAAAAGAAGUAUAAUUUUGAAGUUUCUAUUUAAUGAACUUGAGACAUUACAUAAUUUUAGUUUUUGACUACCACUUAUGUCAACUUUAAGUUUUCUGUUCAGUAACCUAAGAUUACCAUCACCAAACCAAUUUUUGCAAGAGGUCAUGAAACAGAAUAAGUUAGAUUGAGACAUAUUUUGCUAUUGGAGUCUUUUAGUUUAGAUAUUAGUGGUCAGUAAAUUUUUAUAGAUAUUAUCACAUUUUAAAAGGUUAUUUACAAUCAUUUCUGGUUCUCCACAAUCACUUUUUUGAUCUUGCAGUUAUUUCAAUUAUUUCUUGUUGAUAAUCAUACAGUGUAUAUCCUGAUCUCAAUUUGUUGAUAUAAAUAAUAAAAAUUUUGGUUAUGUGUUCCAAUUUUAAAACAGUCUUCCUCUUUUACUAACUUCACACCAUAUUUGACAUUUACACAUUGUGUAUUGUUUCUCCUAUUUUAUUUACAAUUGUUGUUUUGGUGGGAGUUGCUAGUAACUCUGUGCUACCAUGACUACUCCCCUAGUUUUCAUUUCCAUUGAUACUUGCAUCACUAGGAGGCAUUAUAAAAGUGAUCUAUUAAAUCUGGUGUGCCUUCUGACAUGACCUACAAGGUAAAAUAUAUCUGUCUUGAAGUCUCCUUACUUUUCUAUUUGUUUAUCAUUGCUCCUCUAUUUUAUCAUGGUUGAUUAUGUUCAAUUAUAGGUAUUGAUAUAUAGUUGCCAAUCAGUCUUAAACAUGAACAAAAUUAAAUACAGGGGUAAUUAGUUAAUCCACAAUGUUAAGGAUUUGAGCUGUGUCCGAUAGAAAUCGAGAUUAUGCAAAUGAAUAUCUAUACAUCUGUUAAUAUGUUGCUUUUAGAUAAAUGGACUCAAAAGAAGUCCAUCUUGAUUUGCUGUAGUGGUAUCAUGCCAAAACUGAAAACAGCCCUUUAUUUCUGCCAGUUUGAAUAAAUACAUAUUGUUUUGAACAAUACAUUGUAAUUUUAAGAUAGAAUUUUAUGUAUUCAGAAAGACUGGAAAUUAAAUCUGUUAAGGAUUUGAGCUGCCUUGCAUAGAAAUCGAGAUUAUGCAAAUGAAUAUCUAUACAUCUGUUAACUUAUUUUGGGUUGAAAAAAUCUCUAUGCAAAAUCUGUAGCUGUUUGAAAAUUGAGUUGAUAUAAGAACCCUACAAAACAUUUAUCUUUUAUUUUGUAUUUUAAUGUUCCAAAAUCAAUCAAAUACUUAUAGGUGUAAUACCACCAUUGAUUUUCCCCUAUUAGUCUUUGUUAAAUUUGCAAAAUUUCUUCAAAUCAAGCCGCAUCAUGAUAGAAUAUAGUGUGGACCAAUAAAUGAUCAAACAGUUAUCAUAUCUGCCUACAAACAGUUGAAUACAAAAGAUGACUCUAGGAUGAUAAAUACCACUAAUGGACCUCUUUGUCUUCAUUAUAAGGUCCCUUUUGGUACAUUUAUGCCUCUCAUUUUCUCAAAAUUUCAAUUUUUUGGGCCAAUAAAUAAAAAUUUUGGGGUAACUUUCACUCAUUUAUGAAAGAAAUGUGAUAAUAAAUGAGUAAUUGAAGUAUUCAAGCUGAAUGAACUAUCCGUAUUAAAGUUGACUGACUCCAUGGAGGUUUCAAUAAGUCUUUACGUAAAACUUAAAUUUACGCCACGUUCCAGAGAGGGACAUAAAAAGCUUCCCUUUUAGUGAAUAAUUUAUUGUUACUGCUUCAAAAAUAAUUUCAUUUACUAAUAACUAUAUAUUUAUUAAAGUACUACUUAGGAAAAAGUUUUCUAUUAUAGCAAAAUAUAAGAAAUAAGGAGAAAAAGUCAGAAAAAGCUCCCCAAAACAUUGAGUAUGGCUUGCUCAGUCUACUAAUAUUCAUGGUAGAGUCCUAUUUCAAAGCAAUUUUCUCAUAAAAUGUGUUUUUGAGACUCGAUCUACUCAGAAUAUUUCAUUUUUGUAAUAUUUCACUUAAAUAGCAUGAAAUUUUAACAAAUGAGAGUACACACAAGGUCAAAGGUGCAUGUGCAGCUUCCCAUAGUAGGUGUAAUACCACCAUUGAUUUUCCCCUAUUAGUCUUUGUUAAAUUUGCACUUUUCAAAAAAUUGUACAGAAUUUAUCUUUGUUUCAAAUAAAGAAAUACUUGGCAUGAGUAAAGUUUUAUCCUGUCCAGUACUAUAGACAAAAUUUCACAUAACAUUUCAUUGCAUAUAAGAAAACCAUCACUGGAAGUAAACCAAUCAAAUUUUCUCCCCUUUUUUCCUGUGUACAAGCUUGAGUAACCAUGUAACCUCAAGUUUCCAAAAUGUUCUAUAGAAAUACCAAAUAAAAAAAUAAGGGUUCUUUGAAACACCCAAGAUAUAUGUUUAUGACUCAGAAAUUUUUUACUGCAAUGAAAUGUAGGAUUAAUUUCCUACUACUGUCAAAUUCAAGGGAAUAUUUUUUUCUACCAUUUUUCGUAUGCAACCGGAUGUGACGUACUAUGAUUUGGUGGUAUUACACCUAUACAUGUAUACAUGUACUGGCAUAAGGUCAAUUUCUAUCCGAUGCAGCUCAUUUCAUAAUGUGAAUAUUAUAAUAGUUUUCAGCUUCUUGGGAUCAUGUAUUUAUACUAUAUUAUAUUUAUAAAGGUGUUCAUCUUGUUAAAAAAGUUGAUAGUUUUUUUAACUCACAUUGUAUUAUGCAAUUGAUAACUAGUUAUUUAAGUUUAUUUGAAUAUAUUUUUUUAAUAAAUAUGCAAAACAGGA